UCAGAGAGAAUAAAAACUAAUAUCACACAUCAUCUCAACAGCCAACAGAGGAGAGAUGAAGUGAGGAAGAGGAAGUGACCACAGGAAGUAGAUGCUGUAUUCAUGUUUCAGAAGCAGCAGGUUCGACACUUUGACAGUUGAGAGCGAGAGACCAAGAGAGAAGCACGAUGGCUGAAUUCAGAAGGAUCAUAAUGUCUUCAUUUCUGAUGCUGCUGCUGCUGUUUACAGCAGCAUCUGGUGAUGAUUCCUACAUCGUUGUCAGAGUUGGAGAUGAUGUCACUUUGUCUUCUGAAGAUGUGAUACAUGAUGAGAAGUGUUACAGUACUACCUGGUACAUAAGUUCUUCAGAGAACACAGUGAAGCUGUUUGAACACGGGGAGAUUCACAAAGAAGCCGGAGCUAAAUCUGACAGACUGAGUGUUACAGAGAAAUGUUCUCUGGUUAUAAAGAAGGUCACAGUUCAGGAUGUUGGUUAUUACACCUGCAGACAGUUCAUAUCAAGACAACAACAUGGUGGAGCUGAUCUGUAUGAUCUGUCUGUUGUUACCUCGACUGAACAUCACGACAAUGAUCAGGUGACAUUACUCUGCUCUGUGUCGACAUCUGACCGGUGUAUACACAGAGUGGAGUGGCUGUAUGAGGGUGAUGAGAAUGAUGUCAUGAUGACAUCACAGAGUACCUGUUCAGCCGAGGUCACAUUUCCAACAGCUCGGAGUUAUUGUGAGUUAUUGAAAUGUGCAGUGACAGAUCGUUACAAUAAGAAAGAGCAUCUGUUCACCUUCAGCCCUCCUCAGUCCUCAGGUGAGAAACCAGGUGAUGAUGCAACAACUACAACAUCACCAACAACAACAUCACCAACAUCACCAACAUCAGGAGGGACGAAGGAAACUGCAUCUGAAGACAACAAUAAUCCAACAGAACAAGUCUGGUGGAGGUCCAUCAUCGUGUGUGUGGGUUUAGCAGCACUCAUCAUCAGUGUGGUUACAGUCAACAUAUGGACCAGAACUAAAGGGAACGAAACACAGAUGAGAGAAAACCUGGAGCAAAACGAUGAAGAUGAAGAUGAAGAUCAGGUGAACUAUGAGAACGUUGGAGACACUUCUACCUCUGUGUGACUCCACUGAUCAACAUCAUCAUCUCACCACAGAGUCCACUGCUGUUAAACAUCCUCUCAUCACAUGUAUCAUCAGAAAACAGUGGAAUCAUAAGAUCAUUUGAACAUUUCUGAAGACUGAACAUGUGAGUCAGUUCAGAACUUUAACUUCUUAACUUCAUCCAACAGGAAAGAUAACUCUUUAUAUUCAUUAGUGGUUUUUAAUUAGGCUCUCACAUUCUCAUACAUGUUUAUACUACUGCCUGUACUGAAGAUAUCUGAUCUAUAGUCUACUCACAUUAUUCAUAUCAUACCUCCAGCUGUGUGUUCUGUAUAUGAUGUCUUAUUAUUAGCAUGACUUGUACUCACACCUGCAGUACAUGUUGUACACUUAUACCUGCACUGCCUGCUGUAACUGCUGCACAUGUUCCUGCUGUAUAUAUCUGAUCUAUAGUCUACACACAGUUUCAUACCUCCAGCUGUGUGUUCUGUAUAUGGACGCUUCAUUUAAAAAAAGAAAAACUAUAUCUUAAAUCCAUAAAUCCAAGGAAUAUCAAUCACACUAGUGUUGGUUUAUUAUUUGUAAUAAUGGCUUUUAUCUGUUUUUGCAAAUGACCUCUUCAUAUAAUGUCUUACUAUGGACACGACUUGUACUUGACUUGUAAUCUUGACUUUCAAAAAGAAGCUGAGUUUAAGAUGUUCUGCUUCUUUUAGAAGCUGCAGCAGAUUUACCUUAUUGUUGUCACUCAGUGUACAGAGGAAGUGACUUUGACUUUAGUUUAAACAUCUUGGACUACAGUAUGUUUGUCUUCAAUGAGCUUUGAGUCUUCAUGGAAUCUGUAUAAAUCUUUUUUAUGGCUGAUAAUAUAAAAUGCAAAUAAAAAAAGUGCUUUUAUUCAGUUUUGCAAA